AUGGGGUCAUUCUUUGAUCUUUUAAUGGUUGCUUCCAUGCCUAUUUUGAAGGUUUUAUUGAUUACUGCCUUGGGCUUAUUUCUUGCUCUUAAUCGCAUUAACAUCCUUGGAGAGAUUACCACUAAUCAUCUCAACAAACUUGUAUACUCUGUGUUUGGACCUGCCCUGGUGGCUAGCAACUUGGCUAAGACGGUAACCUUUAAAAGCUUUCUCACCUUAUGGUUUAUGGUACCAAACGUGGUUCUAUCAUUAGUGAUUGGGUCUGCAAUGGGUUGGACACUUGCUAAGAUUACAAAAGCUCCCAAGCAUGUUAAGGGCCUCAUUUUAGCAUCUUGUUCUGUUGGAAAUCUUGGGAACAUACCCUUAAUAGUUUUGCCAGCAAUGUGCAAAGAAAAAGGCAGUCCUUUCGGAACCCCUGAUGUCUGUGAGCGUUAUGGUUUGGCUUAUGCUUCCCUGUCCAUGGCAAUUGGAUCAGUGUUGUUUUGGUUGUAUGCUUACAACAUUGUUAGGAUCACUUCAAAGGACGUACUACAAAAUUUAGAAGCAAACCCAACCAUAAGUUCUGCAAACCCUUCUCCAGAAGCUCCACGCAUUUCCAUAUCAGGGCAGAUCAACGUUUCAUGGAGGAUAAAGCAACGUUUAAGAAAGAUCGCCAGAGAGUUUAAUCUCAAGGCAGUGUUGGCUCCUUCUACUAUGGGAGCGAUUGUAGGAUUUUUUAUUGGGAUGAUUUCCCCACUUCAAAAACUGCUCAUGGACGAUAACUCACCUCUCCAUGUUGUUGGGGACACUAGUUUCAUGAUUGGAAAUGCAUCUAUUCCAUCCUCGACCUUAAUCCUGGGAGCCAACCUCCUACGUGGUACGUCAUAUUCUUACUAUUCACUUCACCAUUGA